AUGAGAUAUAUAUUGAUCUUUACUUUAAUUUUAGUUAACUCUUAAGAGGUAACUUACUAAAUAGAAGCAGCAAACUAUCCUGAUGGAUUGGAUGGUAUUUAUAUUAUUUAAUAAGUUGAUUAAUGGUUCAUAAUUGGUAAUGUUAAUGGAUAAAAAUCUACUAUUUGUAAUGGAGUUGAUGUCUAUGGUGGAUACGGUGCAUUUACUUAUGAUACCAUAAUAUAAAAGUAUUUUACUUUGAUAUAACAAUUAGAGCAUUUUUUGAUUUACAACCUCAUUUUUAAAUUAAAGUAGAAAUAAAUUUGUUGCUGUAUAUAUUGAAUUAUAACACUAAGUUUCGGUUUAACAUUGGGAGAGUUGAAAAUAGAAAAUGAUAAUAAUGAAAUCUUUAUCGUCUCUCCUGCAUCACCUUUAACUAGAUCAUGUUCAGAGAAUAGCAUUGAAUAUUAAUUGUAAGUUCUUGAUUUUGAAUUUCCACAUUAGAGGAGAAAUUACAUUUUUAAAAUGUUUCAAGCUUACUUUGAUAAUAUAGAUGUAUCAUUUAUAUAUUAGGAUAUAGGCUACUUGGGGCUUUGAUUCAUUUAAAAUCAGUAUAUACAAGUGUCCUUUUGGAUGCUUAUAAUGCUUAGGAUAUGACGAUUUAAAUUGCGGUUUUUGGAGUAAGCUUUAAUUUUCAUUUAUUCAAUGUUAAUUGGAAGAUACAGAUAUAUAAUAAUGGGGAGGUGGAUCUGAGUAUAAUGUUGAUGAAUUUGGAAGUUGUUAAGGAAUCAAUUCGAUUUCUCUUGAAAAUUCAUUCUUAUUACCUCCAAGCGAUGACAUAUUAAUUAGAUUUUUAAUAAAUAAAAAUACAGAUUUAACCAUUUGGAUCAAUGAAAAUAGAAUAGAUAUUUAAUAAUAAGGAGUCAUAGAUAUAUCUUUAUAAAAAUAGUUUGGUCCAACUUUGAAUAUAAAAAUAAGAGAUUUGAAUAAUUAGUUAGAUUGGAUGAUUAGAGAUUUAGAAAUUUACUUUAAAAUAAGGUCCAAUUACAUUGAGAAUGAAAUAAUUAUUCCUCUAAUAAUUUUAGAAUGCGUGUAAUUUAUUGAUUAGUUUUGUUUGGAUUGCCAAGAAGGUUGGGAAUUGGAUAUUUUAUAAAAUAUAUGUGUUACAUAAUGUGGAGAUAAUAUGAUAUCAGGAUUUGAAGAAUGCGAAGAUGGUAAUUAGAUUCAAUAUGAUGGUUGUUAUAUGUGCAAAAUUUAAUGUAUUUAAUUUUGUUAAAUUUGUAUUCAUGGUAUUUGUAUGCUAUGUUUAAAUGGAUAUUCAUUUAAUAAUAAUUAAGAAUGCUCUUUGAAUUGUGAAGAUAAAAUUAUCAUACCAUACUAUAAUGAAGAAUGUUCUGAUGAGAACUUUCUAUAAUUUCAUGGUUGUUUUUAAUGCUUAAAGUAUGAGGAAUGUAUUUAUGGUUGUGUAAAAUGUGAUCAUCAAAUAUGUUAUUUAUGUUAACCUGAUUUCUUAUUAAUUUAAGGAAGAUGUCUAUCAAAUUGUGGUAGAAAUGAUGAAAUACUCUAUGAAGAUUGUGAAGAUUUUAAUAAAGAGAAUAAUAUUGAAUUGUUAUGUCCACUAUAUUGUAUAGAAUGUAAUUUUUAAUAAUGUCUAAUAUGUGAUGAAUAAUAUGAACUACUUGAAGAUGGAUCAUGUAAAUUAUCCAUAGAUGAUGAAUUAGAUAAUAUAUAUUAAUUGAUCUAAAAAGAUGAUAUAAUUUGUAGAAAAAUCCCUUUUGAGUGUAAUUAUUAAAAAUCACCUUAAGUAAAUUUAAGUUACAUAAAUAUAACCCUAAAUAAAUAAUAUGUUUAUCUUGAAUUUACAGAAUAAGUUAAAUCUGAAAGCUAAAAACUAUUAUCAUAAACUUUAAUUAUUGAAAUCUUUAAUAUUUCAAAUAAGAUUUAUAAUUAUGAUUUAAUUAUUAUUCAAGAUUCAGAUGAGUAUUUUACUAAUGUAUAAUUAAUAAUAGAAAUUGAAAUAUUUCAAUUAUUAGAAACAAAACCAAUUUUAUUUCUUAAUUUAAAUUAGUGUUUAGUUAAUUCAUUUGGAUAAAGUGUUAUUCAAGAUUAAGCAAUUUUAACUCUUGAACUCCCUUAAUAUCUUGAUGAAAAUGAAAAAUAAAUAUCAAAUAGAUUAAAAAUUAUAACAAUGUCAACCAUUUAUGGUUUUUUUGGUGUUUAUGGAAUAUCUGCCCUAUUUUGCAAUUUUCAAUAUUUUUUAGUAAUUCUCAAUAUGAUAUAUUAUUUAUCAAUUUUAAGGUACAUUAACUUAAAAUUCCCUUAAAAUUUAGAUAUCUAUUUUUAAGCAUAUGAUGUUUUAACUAUUGAACCAUUACUUAGCCUAUUGUCUAUUGAUUUAAUAUAUGAUGUAAUAUUCACAAAUAUAUACAAAGAAAGUAGCGGUAAGUUCAAAUAUUAUGGAUAAAAUGCUGAUUUGA